ACCCCGGUAUAAAGGCGAUUGAGGCCUGAGCCCUGGCCUCAGUCUCCAGGAUGUAGUGUGGUGGUCAAUUGCUGCUUGUUCUUUCUUCCAGCCAAUAAAAGCCUUUAUCUCGCUUCACGUCUCGGAGAGUUAUUGAUGGUGCAUCAGGUGGUAAUCUGUAACUGGAUACAUUAGUUCUCCACAGACAUCAGUCAAGCAAUGGAAUUAUACAGCACAGAAAACUACUCAGGCCCAUUUGACUGUUUGUGGCCUCUAAACUUUACAAUCUAUGUACCUGUCCAAAUGUCUUUAAAACAUUGUAAUUUUACUUACAAGUUGCUCUCUCAAUUUACUCUAUAUAUCCACCACCUUCUAUGUGGGGGGAAAAAACCUUGUCCCUCAUUUCAACUUUAAAUCUUUCUCUUCUCACCUUAGACCUAAGCCCUCUAGUUUUAGACUCCCUUACCACGGGGGAAAAGCCCCGUCACAAUCUAUCUAUGUCUUUCAUAAUUUUACAAACCUGUGUAAUGUCACCCCUUAGCCUCCUUCACACCAGCAAGAAUCUGUCUAGUCACUCCUUAUAAUGCAAACCCUCCAGUCCCAGCAAACACCCGGGUCAAUCUUCUCUGACAUCCUUCCUAUAGCAGGGUGACUGUAACUAUAUCCAACAUCCCAGAUGCAGUCUUGCCAACCUCUUCUAUAAUUGUAACAUGAUGUCUUACCACCUGUAUCAAUGCCCCAAAUAAUGAAGGUAGGUGUGCCAUUCCACCUUACCACCCUGUCUACCCACUUUUAAUGAACUGUGUACUUGUACCCCUAUUGCUUCCGUUCAACAAUGCUUCCCGGGGAUCUGCCAGUCACUCUCUAUGUUCUGCACUGACGUCACUUUGUACUUGUCUUAAUAAAGUCCAUCUGCCAAUCUUUUACCCUCAGUGCAAAGCCCAACAGGUUGGAAGUGGUAUAAAUCUGGUCUGGAGCUGCAGGGGCAUGCAGCAAGAACAGGCUAUAGUGAAUGGAUAAUGUGAACCUACCUCAAUGAUUAUUGUCCAGUAGCACUUGCAUCCACUGUGAUGAAAUGCUUUCAGGGAUUGGCCAGAAAACAUAUCAACUCCUGCUAGAGGAGUGGCUUGGAUCCACUCCGAUUUGCCUACCGUCACAACAGGUCAGUAACAGAGAGCCAUUUUAUUGGCUCAUAACUCAGCUCCGGAUAUUUGGACAACGAAGGCGCAUACAUCAGGAUGCACGUCAUUAGCUACAGUUUAGCAUUAUCAUUCCCUCAAAACUAAUCUCUAAGCUCCAAGACUUCAGUCUCAGUAUCUCCUUGUGCAACUGGAUCCACGAUUUCCUCACUUGCAAAUCCCUGUCAGUAUGGAUUAACAUCUCCUACACAAUCACCAUCACUACACGUGCACCACAAGGCUAUGUGCUUAAUCCUCUGCUCUACUAGCUUUUUGACUGCGACUAAUCUCGUUGCAUAGGACAUAUUUAAUAGCUAUGAACAAUAUUUAAUAGGUGCUCCUUUGGCUGGCAUGAGGGCAGACUGCCAUUAAACCAAGGCGGGAGGUGUAAACGAGAGAAUGACAAAUAUAUGGUGACCGAAUAAAAAGUAGAAAUAUCCUGUCAUCAGCACCAGUCAAAAGAAAACACAGCAUCCGACAACUUUUUCAAUGCCCGAACUGCGGCACCGUCCACUCCGUCCCCGUUUCUGCAGGAUCGACGCGCCCCCUGAUGGCCACCAGCUUGUAUUGCAGGUGCCUGCAGAUGCGACCCGACACGCCGCACCCUCUGCCGGGCGCUCAACCUCUCCGUGUCGGGCGGUAAGGGACGAGCCUUGCUCCGGGUCACCAUGGAGCCCGAGAGGGCGAGAGGCGAGGCAGCCGCAGACUCGGAAGGUGGGCGGUCCAGUUGCGCGGAGGAAGAACAAAACGUUCUGCAGGAACUGUCAGAGUUGCCGGUGGAGGGGGCGGGGAAAAGGCCGACAUGCUCCAGAUGCAGCCGUCCUCAGAAGGUUUGUCUUUGCCCAUUCCUGCCAGUUCAUCCACUGAAUGUUUCCACAUGCCUGUACAUAGUUCAGCAUCCAGCAGAGGAGAGUCGAGUGCUGCGGACUGUACCUCUGUUGGCUGCCUGUCUUCCAGCUGACAAAUGUAAAGUCUUUAUUGGACGGCGUUUUAAUGAGGACAGGCAUCCUGAACUUGCAGCUGUGUGCCAGAGUAUUAGUACAUUAGUCUUGUAUCCUGGACCCGAGGCAAAUAACCUGGAAGAACUUGAACUCGAUCCAUCGCUGUCUCCAUACAAUAUCAUUAUCAUUGACGGAACAUGGAGCCAGGCCAAAACUAUGUUUUAUGGAAAUGCCCUCUUUCGUUUGCCAAAACAAGUUCAACUGAAAACCAGUUUAUCAAGCCAGUACAUAAUUCGAACUCAGCCAAACAAUACAUGUCUCUCUACGCUGGAAUGUGCAGCCUUUGCUCUCUCCAUUGUAGAAAAGGACCACUACAUUCAUGAGGUCAUUCUGCGACCUCUUCAGGCAUUGUGCUCAUUCCAGCUUCAACACGGAGCUCAAGUCCAUCACAGUAAGGAACAUCUGAUUAAGAAUGGGUUGUAUACAAAACCAAUGCCAAAGAAUAAGCGUAAACUUAAGAGAAUGGAACGUUUGGUCAAAGACUAGAACAGGAGUAUAAUUUUAGUAUGACAUUAUUUUUCGGAGCACAGGUUCUUUGACUCAUGGUCUUCUAUCUCUGGAUCAUUUCAACUGGUCAUCAGUUUCCUUAAGUUGAAUUCCUAGCUAGCUUCUAUUUCUAUUAUGACGCUUAACAAAUUCACUUGGGACAUAUUUCCUCAGUGUUUCUUCUGUUGUACUUCCAUAAUUUAGGUGCAAAUAUUCAUCAGAAAUCUUACUUAGUUCGUUUCCUUCUGAAAUUGGGCCAUUGUUAUGGUGCUGCAAUUGCAGAAAAUUCAACUCCUCAAUAUUUAGUUAAUUACUUUGUCUUUUUAUGGUAUUCUGCAAUAUUCAGGACAGAUCAAUGCAGCAAUUUUUUCUUUAGUUUUGCUGGAAGUUUCCAUGAGAAUGGAUUAUUUCAUUGCAGUCUCGGUUUUCAGUCUAGGCUGCUAAAGCUGUCUUCAAGUUGCCAGAUGGGACAAUACCGGAAUCUUGAGUAUUUUUUCCAUUCUUAUGGCUUAGGUCUGGAAACAUUUUAAACUUUUUUCUGCCUCUCCCCACACUCUGCUCCAAUUCCCCUCCUGUCAGGUGCACUCUACAUAAGUAGAUGCUUCAGGAGGAUGAAGAGUGGAAAUCUUGGAUAUACUCCAGCAAACACAUACUCAUGGAUUAUAGUGAUUGUCCAUCAUAUCUAACAUUGGCAGGAAACCUGUGCAGAGAGUUUUUCAAGUGGAAGAGCCAUUGCACUGGGGCAGUUCCACCUCAGUGGGACAAGUAGUCAUCACAAGUGGAGUCUUUUCUGGUUGCAGAGGAUGACCAUGACUUCUGUGCCUUGUCACACCCUUCGGUCUCCACAGAGCAUUGCAGGCCCGUCGAAUCUCACUGUAGACCUCAUCCGCCUGAACUGAGUUCACAUGCUAGGACAGACGUGUCUCUACUUCACCGGGGUAUGAGGCCCACUGGCUACCCUCACCUGUUGAAGCAGUGCUCUGGUGUGUGGCUGCUGUCACAUUCAGACAGCUGCUUGGAGCCCCGGCUGAGAGCCGAGUGUCCAGUGAGGAGCACAGUUGAGUGAGCUACCCCAGACUGGACACAAGCCCUUUCACCAGAGGUGCUACCCAUACACCCCAAUUCCAGAGUAUAUCAUGUUGUAUUGGUUACAUAGGCCUUCUUAAAGCAUAACUCUAAUUGAGUAGAUUUAUGUAGCUGUGACAUUAGGUGUUUAAAUUGAUCUCUAAACUCAGAACGGUUUUGUUAAUUAGAAUUAAAAGUAAAUGUCUGUGUCAUUAAAAUUCAAAAGAGUAGGUCUGUGAGUAAUUAGCUCACAAAAUCCCACAGGUAUCUACAGCAUCAUAAGACAAAGGAGUAAAAUUAGGCCAUUUGGCCCAUCGAGUUUGUUCUGCCAUUCCAUCAUGGCUGAUCCAUUUUUCCUCUCUGUCCCAGUCUCCUGCUUCCUCCCCAUAUCCCUUCAUGCCCUGACCAGUCAAGAAUCCAUCAACCUCUGCCUUAAAUAUACAUACAGACUUGGCCUCCACAGCUGCCCGUGGCAAGAAUUCCACAGAUUCACCACUCUGGCUGAAGAUCAUGUCAGAUUGAAACCGCAGUUGCUCAAUAUGUAGAACAAAGUGGAAAAGCAAAAUGUGUGGGAAACCUGUAGAUGGGGAAGACACUUAAUUUUGCCUGAUCUUGAUCUAAGCGGGAAUAUAUGAGAUUACAUUUUAUAUUAGAUAAAGAACUUGAAUCAGCUCCUACAAUUCUUAGUGAGACUUUGAUGUCAGUUUUGAACAGUUUGGCUGGUUUGAACAGGAAGUUGGUGAGAAAGAAUUCGGUAAAACAAAACUUAUGUGCAUUUACACCACUGCCUUUCAUCAAUGCUUUCUCUGUAUGUGGUGACAUCUGUGUUUAAUUAACUAUCAUUUUCAAUGGAGUGGGGCAAAUAAAGACUCAGCAGAACAAGCAGCAUCUGAGGAGGUAAAGGGAUGGUGUCAGUGCACUGUAAAGUUAGUGGAGUGUGUAAAUGGUCCGCAGUGAAGAGUGACUAGCAGAGAGUCAAAGUCAAAAAACAAUCUUAAGUAAUUAUUUGACCAAAAAGUAAAUAAUUGUGUGAUUAUGUAUAAUACGAGCAGAGUUUCUAGCUAUAGUUACCAUGUGCUUAGUUGCUGAUCCCCAAGCUUGCUUACUAUGAGAUAUUUCAAGACUGGUAAAAUACAAGGAAAAGUUAAACUUUCCAGGUGAGUCAAUUAGCAACUGCCCCAAGAGCUAAUGUGGGGAGCAGUGUAAGAUGAGAAGCUCAUAUUAUGAAACAAGUCAGCUACAAAACAAGCGUAUCCCUUGAAGAAAAAAAAGUAUGGAAAGUGAAUUACAAAUGCCCAGUUACUAUUUGUUUACUUGAUCACCAUACCUGUGUAAGAUUUUUUUAAAAUAUCUGCUCAGUUUAUAAGUUGUUAUACUUAAAGAAAUACAUCAUAUGAAAAUGGAAUAUGCAGAUUUCAUUACACCUUUUACUUAGUAAUGAAUGUAGAGACAGGUUUACUAUGAAUUACCACUUUUGUAUCUGUUUUCAAUAAAAUAUUGCUGAAAAAAUACAUUUCUA